AUGCACAUUGACGACGUCGACGCCAGCAAGCCACAACCUGAAGGACUCGAUCUCAAGACAGAACGACGAGUUAUCUGGAAAUGCGAUCUGCACGUUGUCCCAGUAUUGAUGGUCCUGUAUCUCCUCGCCUUCCUGGACCGAAUAAACAUCGGCAAUGCUCGCCUGCAAGGUCUCGAAGAAGACCUCGGCAUGCAGGGGAAUGACUACAACAUCGCACUAUUUAUCUUCUUCAUCCCGUAUAUUCUGUGUGAGAUCCCGUGUAAUCUCAUCAUGAAGAGGCUUGCGCCGUCGACAUGGUUGAGCUCGAUUAUGGGGCUGUGGGGGAUUACAACGAUCUGCCAGGGGUUCGUCCAGAACAACGGCGGCUUGAUGACUUGUCGGUUCUUUAUUGACAUGUUCGAGGCUGGGUUCUUGCCGGGAUGCGUCUAUCUUAUUUCAAUGUACUACAAGCGAUAUGAGCUGCAGUGGCGGCUUACACUGUUCUUCGCGGCGGCCAUACUCGCAGGAGCAGUUAGCGGGCUUUUGGCCUAUGGAAUGGCAUACAUGGACGGCGUCCGGGGAUACUCGUCCUGGCGCUGGAUCUUCAUACUAGAGGGUCUCGCCACGACAGUCAUUGCUAUUAUAGCCAAGUUCUUCAUCGUCGACUGGCCAGAUAAAGCGCGGUUUCUGAACGACUCAGAACGUGCUAUCCUGCAUUCCCGAUUGCAGAAUGAUCAAGGUGGGCAUCGGAUGGAUCGACUAAAUAAGGCUGCUGUUAGACGGAUUUUGAUGGACGGCAAGAUAUACCUGGGGACAAUCAUGUACCUGGGCGUCUUGAAUACCGGAUACGCAGCGUCGUUCGUUACCCCGACUAUACUUAACGAGAUGGGGUGGACGUCCCUGCAGGCACAGGUGAUGAGUGUACCUGUCUACGUCGUGGCAGCAGCCCUGACCCUCUGCACGUCCCUCCUAAGUGACCGAUGCAAGCACCGCUUUGGCUUCGCGAUGGCCGGCUGUAUGAUAUCAACAGUGGGAUAUAUUAUCCUCCUCGCGCAGGACUUUGUCACAACGGGUGUCAAGUACUUCGCCCUCUAUGCUGUUGUUGGUGGCGGCUACAUCGCCCAGCCCAUUUUCAUCGGCUGGCUAAGCAAUAAUAUGAGUGGACACUAUAAGCAGGCAAUAGCCUCAGCGGUGCAGAUUGGGUUCGGGAACUGUGGUGGCUUUGUCGCGACUGGAAUUACUGAGGCGCCGUACUACCGCUCUGGCUAUGGGACGUGUCUUGCGUUGAUCUGGGUGUGUGUGAUUGCUGCGACUGUGCUGCUUUUCAUGCUUGUACGGGAGAAUCGGAACCGUGGGCAGGGGAAGCGCGAUUACUUGCUGAGCCUUGAUGAGCAGGAGGUGGGCAAUCUGGGGGAUUCGCAUCCGCAUUUUCGCUUUACGUACUAG